UCGCGAGCCGGCGCUUCCCCGCUCCCCUCGGCGCCGGGCGGCCCCGGCCCGCGGCGGCGGCGCUGACAGCCCGCCCGGAGCCCCGGGGGCGGCCGCGGCCACCAUGUCGUCCCCCAGCCCGGGCAAGAGGCGGAUGGACACCGACGUGGUCAAGCUGAUCGAGAGCAAACACGAAGUCACAAUCUUAGGAGGACUCAAUGAAUUUGUCGUGAAGUUUUAUGGACCACAAGGAACACCGUAUGAAGGUGGAGUAUGGAAAGUUAGAGUCGACCUUCCUGACAAAUACCCCUUCAAAUCCCCAUCUAUAGGAUUCAUGAAUAAAAUCUUCCAUCCCAACAUUGACGAAGCGUCAGGAACUGUAUGUCUAGAUGUAAUCAAUCAAACUUGGACAGCUCUCUACGAUCUCACCAAUAUAUUUGAGUCGUUCCUGCCCCAGCUGCUGGCUUAUCCCAAUCCUAUAGAUCCUCUAAAUGGUGACGCUGCAGCCAUGUACCUCCACCGACCAGAAGAGUACAAACAGAAAAUUAAAGAAUACAUCCAGAAAUAUGCAACAGAAGAAGCACUAAAAGAACAGGAAGAAGGCACCGGGGACAGCUCAUCUGAGAGCUCCAUGUCCGACUUCUCGGAAGAUGAGGCUCAGGACAUGGAAUUGUAGUAGAGGAGGCCACCUGCUUUUCAGAGAGACUCUAAUUUCCUAACCAUGAGAAGCAGACUAUAAUAUUCAUAUUUAAACAAAGCAAUUUUUUUUAUUACUAAACAAGGUUUUUAUGAAUUAUAGCAUUGAGAUAUAUAUAUAUAUAUUUAUAUAUAUAUUAAAAAUAUAUAAAUAUAUAUAUAUAUAUAUAUAUAUGUAUAUCACCCUUUAGGUCUUGAUUUUCUCGGUCAUUUCCCGAUUCCCGAGGUGCAUUAGAGCAUUCCCAACAUUCCAUUCUGGUAGCAAUAUGCAGCCCCGGAUGCAUGCGUUGAGAUUUUCCAUUUGGCCAAGUCAGCUUUGGUGGUGUGCUACCAAACAGCUGCCCUGGGAGGGAGGGAAUUAGCAAAAAAAAAAAAACAAAAAACAAAAAUCCAAAAAAAAGAGGGAUUUGCUAUCGGAUCGAGGUCUCCAGCUGAGAUUUUGGCGUUUCCUCCAAGCCUAAAACCUUGGGGGGGGUGUAAGGGAUGGAAGGGGCUCCUCCAGGCUUUGUUUAAAAAACAAAAAAGAGGGAUUUAACUCAAAAAAAAAAAAAAAAACAACCAAACAACCCCAAUGCAAAGGCGUGGAGCUCCUGAGAGCGCUGAAGACGACUCGCUGGGGAUUUCAGUCCCUUCCUGCGUGGACUCCUCGCUGCCCUCCCGAGCUGUGGGGACUGACAGCCCUGGUGGAUUCCCGGGGACUCUGGAGGAGCCUGGGCUGUUGCUGCCCUGCUCGGCGUGGAUGAGGAGCUGUUCCCCUGCCGGGAGGGAAGAACCACGGAUGCUGAUGCUCUUGGAACUGGGAUUGACCCCGGAGCACGUGGAAGUCCAGCUCUUCCUCUGUCCCACUUUGGAACCUGCUGCCCUUGAAUGGCUUCCAGUUGGCUUUGUUUUUUUUUUUUUUUUUUUUUUUCCUUUCUUUCUUUUCCCCCCUCCCUCUUUUGCUGGAAAUCUGGUUCAGACACCUGACAAACGCUGGCUGUGUCCUGGGAAUUCUUCUCUGACCAGAUGGAUUGGCCUUGCCAGAGCUUCAGAUCCACGGAAUUGUCCCGUUGGCCGAAGUCCACGAAUCCAUCGGCACCGAUUUUCAUUUUCCUUUUUUUUUCCUUUUUGGUUUUUUUUUUUUUUUCCUUUUUAAGUCUUUCUUUCCUCCCCCUUCUGCACCAGCUUGGUUCCCAUCUGCUUGUGUGUGUGCAACAGGAUAAAAAUUCCUUAAGAGUUAACAAAGAAUAUGAUCUAGGAAAAAAAAACAAAAAAAAACACACAAAAUUUGAGCUGAAUAAAAAAAAAAAAUCCUAAAAAGCACCAGUUGAGGAAGCAAAUGAAUUCACUCUUUUGCUUUUUUGUUGGUUGGUUUGGUUCUUUUUUUUUGUUUUUUUUGGUUUUUUUUUUUCCAGGAUGUUUGGGAAUUGGAAUGUUGGAUUUCUCCUGGUAUAUCGCAGCAAGCUGAGAGAUUUUUUUUUUUUUUUUUUUUUGCUGUUGUUCCUAGAAAUCUGAUAAGUAAAUGUCUCCUUGGGAUACUUGAAUUGGGAUAAUUGUGCAUCGGAGAUUCAAACUGAGAUGGAUUUUUUAAAGCUGAAUGUUACCUGCUGUUUCCUUUUGGGGAUUUUUCGGAGGGGUUUGGACAAGAUCUUUUCAUUUGUGAUGCGACCUGCAAGGAAAAAAAAAAAUCAACCCACCCUGAGCGACUCUGGAGCAGAGUUCUGAAUGUCAGACUGGUACAUUUGUCAUUUUCCCAGAAUUAUUGGGCUUUAUUUCCUUUCGAGGCGUCACCGAGCUGGGGCUGGGAGGUUCCAACCCCACCUCUGAUUCAUAAAGCACAAUCAGUUCCUUUCAUUUCUGUUGCUUUUGGGGGAGAAAAAAAAAAAACAAAAAACAAAAAACUCCAUCAAGUCCCACUUGGCUUUGGCAUGAAUUUCCUUAAUAAAAAAACCUACCAUGAA